AUGAUUGAUGACUUCGAGAGCCAGGAUGUGGUCCGGUCCAGCGGGGAGCUGUGGACCGAGAUCUGCUCCAGUCUGCCGGAGGGGCAAGCUGAAGCAACCCCGGAGAUCAACACAGAGUUCAGAGACUCAUUCCAACCAGCAGAGCAAGUCGGAGGAGGAGUGCAGGUCAAUGGACUAUCAAAUGGGACAAACACCAAUGCCAAAUGGGAACCCAUGGAGGACUCUGAGAUCUACAUAGCCAGUUUAGAGAACCGCCUGAAGAAAUUAAAGGGCCAGUCAAGUGAUGUGACCUCCAGGGACAUGUUGCGGUCCUUGUCUCAAGCGAAGAAAGAAUGUUGGGAUCGAUUUCUGCAUGACGCUCAGACCUCGGAGCUCUUCCAAGGUGGCGACAUGGAUGAUAGCGCUAUUGAACACUUCAAGAGGUGGCUGAUUCCUGAGAAGGUGGCCAUCAGCGCAGAAGAGCUGGAGUAUCUCCUGAGGCCGUCUCAGAGUAACGAACUGGCGGAACCGGACCAAACGCAGAGCGAAGAGGACGUGGAGGGAGAGAGACGCAACCCUGAGGAAGAUGAUGCUCACAGCCCGGAGAAAUGAGAGAGAAAAACACUAACUCGGCGUGCAUUCAGUAAGGGUUACUUGUUACCCCCAGCGCUCAUUUUGAGCUGCGUUAUGCCAUAGCUGUGUUUUGGCCAAAGCUUUUAGUAAACAGCGGUCAAAGAACCAAUUACAGCCCGUCAUCAUCCUCUGUAUCCCCGGCAACUGAGUGUUAAGUACUUCUUCAGUCCUUGUUAUUCAUCCCUUCAACCACAUCACACCAUGAAAACAGAUAAUAAAGAACUUGAAAUUAGAUUUGUUUGUCCUGUAGCAGAAGAUUAGUAUCUAGUUUGUGUAGUGACUCCUAUUAAGAAUAUCUCUCUACUUUGAUUACAUAAUGUUAAUGAAGGACCACAUGCAGUACCAUGUUGUAAAUGAGACUCUUAUGACAUCUUGCAGACAUUAUUUUUCUGUUUUGAAACAUUCAAGUAGGAAUACUCUGUGAUAUAUUCUGAAAAUAUUGUAACAUAUUGUGUAAUAUCUUUAUUUUUUGCCAUGAUGAUUUUACAAAUGACGUUUUACCCAUGUUUCAAUAAAAACAAGUAGAAUUGA